CGCAGGGGAGAAAGAGGAGCUAAAAGGGAAGGUCGCGGAGCUACGUGAGAAGCUGCAGGAUCAAGCGAAAUGGCUGGGGCUGAUGGUACGCCCGGCAGGAAGAAGACUCUGUUGGGAUAGCCACGUCAAGUACGCAGUCCAGAAAGCGUGCGGCCUGGUCCGAAGAGUGGUAUCGAUCUGCCGCAGAAGAGCAUCCCUCCAUCACCUCGUUCUGAAAGGGCUCUGGGAAAAAGUUGUCAUCCCUAGGCUUUGCUAUGGAUGCGAGGUUUGGGGGGAGGCACUCGCCUUCAAGUGGGUGGGACGUAAGAUGGAUACCCUCAGAGCAGCGCUGAUUCGCAAAGCAUUUAGAGCCAUGCAUUCGUCGCCAACGUUGACGGUCAACAAGCUAUGCGACUGGAAAUGGCCAGUGAUCACGGUGGUGGAGAGGCUGGCAAAAAGGGGUCUGUUCGAAGGCUGGCCGUUGCGGAAGAAGGAACGUAAACUAGUACAGGAAGCAACAGGCAUAGCGAGCGAGGUCGAGGUUGACCGGUUCCUGAGGACUGCGCGUCAUGAACCAUCGAUCUCACUGGACACUGACGGCAAUCCGGAGCACACUCUCGGUACCAGCCAGUUCUACACAGAUGGAAGUAGAACUCCGGGCUGUGGGCCGCUUGGAAGGGACGCCAAGGUGGGCAGCGGAAUCAUAAUGAUCGACACCUCUGGUAGAGUCACCGGCUGCUGGAGAAGGAAACAUAUGCCACACGGCACCGUAUACCAGGCCGAGGCGCACGGCAUAGCCUAUGCCUGCCAAACAGCCCUGGCCAUGCUGAGGAGCGGUUCGCCGGACCUGGGGGCGGCCGUAGAAGUUGUGUCUGACUGCCUCUCUGCACUGAGAGAGAUAAGCCAAGGAGGGGCGGACAAGCUAGUGCCGACGAUAAUUUUCGAAGCGCGCGUCUGCGCCAGAGAUCUGUUGGAGGCGGUACAAGCCAGGGGGAUGACGUUUAGACUGCGGUGGGCGAAAGCUCACAUUGGGCACCACCAUAAUGCCUAG